AUGUGCGACCGAAAGGCAGUGAUCAAAAAUGUGGACAUGUCGGAGGAGUGCGCGACCCAGGCGCUGGAGAAAUACAACAUCGAGAAGGACAUCACGGCCCACAUCAAGAAGGAGUUUGACAAGAAGUACAACCCCACCUGGCACUGCAUCGUAUGGAGAAACUUCUGUAGUUAUGUGACACAUGAAACUAAGCACUUCAUCUACUUCUACCUGGGCCAAGUUGCCAUUCUUCUGUUCAAAUCUGAUUAA